CUAGCAGCAGAAGAUAUUGUAAAAUAUCUGCAGUUUUGCAAUAGGGUUUAGGAGAGGUUUGGAAUUGGCUUCAUCGUCUCUCCCACCAUAUCUCUCUCUUAUCCACAGUCGGCCUGUCAGGGCGGUAGCCACCGCACCAUCUUCGCGCAAUUCUGGCUUCGAUAGUGCCAUUUUCUCCGGGCCCUAGAGCUCAAUGCCACGCCACCCGCGAUUCUUCGCAAUGGAAGCUUCCCAAGAAGCUAAAUUUCGUUUCAAUGAAGACAACUCCUGAAAUUAAUGGAUUUCCGCAGGGGGCACAGCCGUCUUCUUCCUCUUUCCCCCACGCCUUGAAGCUUCCGACCAUUCAUAAUUCUGCUUCUCUUUUGCCGCCCCCUGUGGCAGACUCUACCGACGACAAUUUCCCCGAAAGCCCAGACAAGCUUUCGACCUUACAAGUAAUCCCAGAGAGGUACCCGUAUCCCUCCGAGUCCAAGAAAGAAUCCAAAGGCAGGGUUUUUAUUCGAGAGCCCCCGUGGAUUGCUUCCUUCUUUAUGAAAAGCCUGCUGUACCGGGGCAAGAAUGGAGUUGGGGUCAAAAUAGAGUUCCAAGAAAUGGAGAGGCGGAAGUACCAAUUGCUUAGGAGGAGGCAGGUAAAGGCUGAGACGGAGGCUUGGGAGAAUAAGGUGCACGAGUAUAGUGAAUUGGAGAGGGAAAUGUGUGAGAAAAAAUUGGCUCCGAAUCUGCCUCAUGUUAAGAAGUUGAUGUUGGGGUGGUUUGAGCCUUUGAAGGAAGCUAUUGAAAAAAGGCAGAAUUCAAAGAAGCCAAGGAAGCAUAGGCAGGCUUUCGCCCCAUACAUAAAUGCUUUGCCGGCGGAGAAAAUGGCUGUCAUUGUGAUGCACAAGAUAAUGGGAUUGCUGAUGAUGGGGGGGAAGGAUGAUAGAUGUGUGCGCGUGGUUGAGGCUGCAAUUCAAAUUGGAAUAGCAAUCGAGCAUGAAAUUAGAAUUCAAAACUUCUUGAAGAAAACAAAAAAGAGUGAGAAAACGAAUACUGUGGCUGAAACCCAAGAAGAUUCAAGUAAGGAAACUGCAAUUAUGCGAAAAAGAGUACAAAGCUUACUUAAAAGGAACAAGAUGAUUGAAGUGAAGAAGCUUGUAAGAAACGAGGAACCUAAGUCCUGGGGCCGAGAUAAACAGGCAAAGCUAGGAUGCUGUUUGAUAGAGUUGUUAACACAAAGUGCUUAUGUACAAACUCCAGUCAGUCAAUCACCUGACGGUCCACCUGAUGUUCGACCAGCAUUUCGGCAUAUUUUCAAGGUGGCAAUGAAAGAGCAAGGGCAGAACAUUGUGAAGAGGUAUGGAGUGAUAGAAUGUGAUCCUCUGGUCCUCGAUGGGCUUGAUAAAACUGUUAGGCAUAUGAUUAUUCCUUAUGUGCCAAUGCUUGUACGACCCAAUAAAUGGCGAGGGUAUGCCAAAGGCGGUUACCUAUAUCUGCCUUCAUAUUUGAUGCGUACUCAUGGGUCAGAAAAGCAACAGGAGGCUAUUAAAACCACUCCAGCAAAACAAAUGCAAAAAGUUUAUGAGGCCCUUGAUACUCUAGGGAACACUAAGUGGAGAGUGAACAAGCAGAUUUUAGAUGUAGUGGAGAGCAUUUGGGCAGCUGGUGGUAAUAUAGCUGGUCUGGUGAAUCGGAAUGAUGUUCCAUUGCCCGAGCUGGUUUCAGAUGAUGUGAAAGAAGUAAAGAAGUGGAAAUGGAGCAUGAGGAAGGCCAAGAAAAUCAAUCAGGAGAGGCAUUCUCAAAGAUGUGACACGGAACUAAAGCUCUCUGUUGCUCGAAAGAUGAAAGAUGAGGAUGGUUUUUACUAUCCCCACAAUCUUGAUUUUCGAGGACGUGCAUAUCCCAUGCACCCACAUUUGAAUCACCUUAGUUGUGAUCUGUGUAGAGGAAUUCUUGAAUUUGCUGAAGGCCGUCCGUUGGGAACGUCGGGUUUACGAUGGCUAAAAAUACAUUUGGCAAACCUCUAUGGAGGAGGAGUUGAAAAGCUUUCGUAUGAUGGACGCUUGUCAUUUGUAGAAAACAAUAUAUCAGAGAUUUUGGAUUCUGCUGAUAACCCUCUCAAUGGAAAUCGGUGGUGGUUAAAGGCUGAGGAUCCUUUUCAGUGCUUAGCUGCUUGCAUUAAUCUAUCAGAAGCCCUUCGAAGUCCAUCUCCACAUACUGUUAUCUCUCACUUGCCUAUUCAUCAGGAUGGGUCAUGCAAUGGACUUCAGCACUAUUCAGCUCUAGGGAGGGACAGUUUUGAAGCUGCUGCUGUGAAUUUAGUUGCUGGAGACAAACCUGCUGAUGUGUACUCAGAAAUUGCCGAGAGGGUUCAUAUCAUCAUGAAAAAAGAUAGUGAGAAGAAUCCAGAGACAAAUCCAACAGCUAUGGUAGCCAAACUCUUAAUCGGCCAGGUGGAUAGGAAACUCGUUAAACAGACGGUGAUGACAUCUGUGUAUGGUGUCACUUACGUUGGUGCACGCGAGCAGAUCAAAAGAAGAUUGCAGGAGAAGGGUCUCAUUACUGAUGACAGACUGCUCUUCAAAGCAUCAUGUUAUGCUGCUAAAGUAACGCUGGCUGCCCUUGGGGAGUUAUUUGAAGCUGCACGAGCUAUAAUGGGUUGGCUUGGUGACUGUGCCAAGAUUAUUGCAUCAGCAAAUGAACCUGUACGUUGGACAACUCCACUUGGCCUCCCAGUUGUGCAACCCUAUUUUAAAAAUGAACGUCAUGUUAUUAGAACUUCUCUUCAGGUUUUGGCUUUGCAGCGCGAGGGGGAAUCUGUUGAAGUAAGGAAGCAAAGAACUGCCUUCCCUCCCAACUUUGUGCACUCACUAGAUGGUUCCCACAUGAUGAUGACUGCCAUUGCUUGCCGAGAUGCCGGCCUGUGCUUUGCAGGCGUUCACGAUUCAUUUUGGACCCAUGCAUGUGAUGUCGACAGAAUGAAUCAGAUACUAAGGCAAAAAUUCGUGGAUCUGUACAGUGAGCCAAUUUUGGAAAAUCUGCUCGAAAGCUUCCAGACAUCACACCCGACACUGACAUUCCCACCUCUCCCCAUUAGAGGAGACUUUGAUCUUAAUAGGGUUCUUGAAUCUCCCUACUUCUUCAACUAAUCAGAUCCUUCAUUGUGCCUACACUCUGGUGGAGUGUUUUAAUCUGUUGAAGAGAGGUUGUACCAUGAUGGCGCCAUUGCCUGUCCAUGGGAUUUACCCGGGCAAGGGAUGGAAGCUGAAGAUAUCUAUCCUGGGACUGGUUGCUUUGGAUUUUUCCCGUCCGUAGGGUAUAAAUAAUGAUGUCACGCCCGUUGCUCUCUGCAAAAUUUUUUGGGUAGACUCAGGUUCUGAUUCGGGAUCCACAGUGAGAGGUGAAGCCUGAAAUUAAUUUCCAGCUACCGAUCAUAUUAUGUGCGAUCUUGCAAAGGUUGCCGGCAAUAAUUUAGAACUGAGUACUGAUUUUCUGCUCAGGACUCAGAAAAGAGUAGAGAAGAAUAAUGGUCUUAGCAAGAGAUUGGAUCAUAAUUCUGAUUCAAUGGUCGUCUAACUGUGACUUCGACGUGUAUAGAUGCAAUUUUUACGUUUUUAUUUAUUUAUUUAUUUUUAAAGAGAACUUUUGUUAGUUAAGAUAGAGAAGAAGGUAUUAUGUAUAGUUUCUUGGCUUUUGUUCAACCCGUUGAUGUAUCAUCUUGAUGAUGAAAUGCUACGUAAUUUUGAGCUGAUGCUGGCAAAAGUUUCACA